AUGACACUCAAGGUUUUUACCUACCCAUUCCCUUCUGCCAUUGAGAGCAUCAUGAAAGUCAUCAUUGUCGGAGGAUCCAUCGCUGGCCUCUCCCUCGCCCACUGCUUGGAAAAGGCCAAGAUUGACUAUGUCAUCCUAGAGAAGAAGAAGGAAAUUGCCCCCCAGGAAGGCGCAUCCAUUGGUAUUAUGCCCAAUGGCGGUCGGAUCCUGGAACAGCUUGGGCUAUACGACCAAAUUGAGGAACUGGUCGAGCCUUUGGUGAAGGCACAUGUAACCUACCCCGAUGGGUUUGGCUUUACAAGUCAAUAUCCUGCACUGAUACAGCAGCGGUUUGGCUAUCCACUUGCAUUCUUGGAUCGGCAGAAGUUACUGCAGAUUUUGGCGACUGAAUCAGUCCAAUCCAGCCGACUGAAACUAGAUCGCAAGGUCGAGAGCAUUGAGACCUCUCCGGGUGGCGUCAUGGUGAGAACGAGCAACGGACACACCUAUCAGGGCGAUCUUGUCGUCGGAGCAGAUGGAGUGCACAGUCGGGUACGAGCGGAGAUGUGCCGAUUGGCCAAUGCCUCGCAUGAGGACAUCUUUGGGGGUGAAAACAAAGCGUUUACGAUCAACUAUGCCUGCAUCUUUGGAAUCUCGUCACAGGUCGAUCAAUUGGACCCCGGGGAGCAAAUUACCUGUUACAAUGACGGGUGGAGUAUCCUUAGUGUGAUCGGACAGAAUGGCAGGAUCUAUUGGUUCCUCUUUAUCAAGCUGGAGAAGGAGUACAUCUAUGAUGGAUCACAGAAAAGCCUGCCCCACUUCAGCCGCGAAGAUGCCCGAGCUCAUUGCGAGAGACUGAGACACGAGCCGGUCUGGAGAGAUGUCAAAUUCGGUCAGGUCUGGACUCAAUGUGAGGUCUUCCAAAUGACACCAUUGGAAGAAGGUUUACUCGGAAAAUGGCACUGGAGAAACAUCAUCUGCAUUGGAGACAGCAUGCAUAAGUUCGCACCGCAUAUCGGACAGGGUGCCAACUGCGCUAUCGAGGACGCAGCUCAGCUCAGCAACAGUUUGCACACUUGGCUGUACGCUUGUGAAAAAGACUAUAAAUCAGAAACCGAUGAUCUACCGGAGGUUCUGGCUAGAUUUGUCGAAAAUCGCCUUCGUCGACUAGGGCCGACGGCCAUGGCCGCUCGAUCUGCCAUGCGUCUCCAUGCGCGGGAAGGGCUCAUGAACCGGAUCCGAGGACGCUAUCUCUUGCCCUACGCUGGCGAUAAGCCGGCCGACUGGGCCUCCCGAGGAAUUGCGGGUGGUAUUAUCUUGGAUUUUGUAGAACCACCCGCGCGGUCUGGCCCUGGCUGGAUUCAAUUCAGCCAGUCU